AACAUAACAUAUGUUUUAUUUGCUGUUGACUGUGGUCCCCUAAAUAACUCUACCAAUGGACUAGUCAGUACAUCCUCUGGAACCACCUUCAUGAUGACUGCUACCUACACCUGUAACACUGGAUACAACAUUGUUGGUAGUGAGAGCAGAACUUCUGGAGCAAGUGGAACAAGUGGAGUGUGGUUAGGAGAAGCUCCACUAUGUAACUUGAUUCCUUUGAGCAGGGGAUCGAGUGCCAUUGUUAACAACUCUGCCUUAUCACUGGCGACCAUUGGAGAGGGUUCCUCUGCCCUCAUCUGUCAUACUGAGCUCAUCACCUGCUGCAGAGGAGAGGACAACAAUGGCGGUGAUGCUCUCGGAGGGUGGAGAGGACCAAAUGGUGGCAGCAUUCCUGACUCAAACACCGAUGGUUUCUACGUGUCGCGAGGUAUGAGCUCCAUUAGUCUGAACUAUGCUAAGCGAUCCAGUGAAGUAGCUGGUACCUACUGUUGUCAAGUGCCCAGGGAGAGUGGGGCAACCCCUACACAUUGUGUCAUGGUGACUGUCUCUGCCCCUGUCCCUGUUGCUGCUAUUGGUGGGGCAGUCGGUGCUAUAGUGGUGGUGAUUCUGGUGAUCCUGCUCAUCAUAUUCCUAGUGGUAUUCCUAAGACACUCACAGAAGAAACAGUAUGAACCUGCUGCCAAAAACUCUGGUCUCUCUACUGUAUACAGCAAACACAGCGAUGCCAGUGAUGGGGGUGUGGCUACCAUAUCAAAAGACCACGAGCCUACCAUCACUGGCUUCCCAAGUGAGAGCAGAGCUAAUGAAGGGGAGGAGGUAGUCAUUAAGCCCAAGGUGGGAGGUCACCCUCCACCCAGUCUCACCUGGUACCACGAUGGUAGGAAGGUGACUGCAGACUAUGCCACAGAACUGGACCAGGAGGGUGGAUUAUCCUUCUCUAGUGUGGAGACUAAGCAUGCUGGUGUGCUGGUGGCCAGUAGACCUUCUGGCAAAGCUGAGAAAGAGCUCCAGUUGAUAGUGGUACCAGAGGGAGGGGAAGAAGAGGAGACAGAUGAGGUAGACCUCACUCCUAUACCAGUGGAUGGGUUUGGAGCAUAUGUCACUGAGCAGCAUGCUAAUGGCAAUAAGAAGUUUGCCAGUAACUAUUCGGGUCUCGGUGGCAAGGAAGGUGAACACUCAACAGCAAUUGCCAAACAGCACAAGGAGGAAAAUAGAUUUAGAAACAUUCUUGUGUAUGAUGACAACCUCAUUAUCCUAGACCCCAUCCCUGGACAAGAGGACUGUCAGAGUGACUACAUCAAUGCCUGCUAUGUAGACGGUUUUGUCAAGCGAAACAAAUUUAUUGCUUCUCAAGGACGACUACCCAAUACUCUGGUGGACUUCUGGCGCAUGAUGUGGCAGGAGAGACCACCCAUAAUAGUCAUGCUCACCAACCUCAUGGAGAACAACAAGAUCAAGUGUCAACAGUACUGGCCUGACAGUGGCAGUGUGAGCUAUGGCCCCUUCACAGUCACCAUCACAGACCAGCAGGUCCUGGCUGACUACACUGUCAGAAACCUACUACUUGCAAUGAAAGGGGAAAGUGGGAAACCUUUCAAGACCACUCAGUUUCACUUUACGACGUGGCCUGAUCACGGAGUGCCUGACUAUGCCACGCCCAUUCUUGGGUUCCACCGUCGGGUCAAGUCCCAACACAAGCCAUCCAGAGGUCCUCUCCUGGUCCACUGCAGUGCUGGUGUGGGACGCACAGGCACUUACAUUGCCAUUGAUAAUGCCCUCGAACAGAUCGCAGCCGAGGGUCUUGUCGAUAUUUCCGGAACAAUUGUCAAAUCUCGCAACCAGAGGAUGAAAAUGGUCCAAACCCAGGACCAAUAUGUGUUCAUCCACGAUGCUAUCCUGGAGUCAGUGACGUGUGGAGACACUCAGAUCUGUGCUGGAGAUCUGCGCAGACAGAUACAGAAGAUGUCAUUAGUGGCCCCAGGAAAAACCACAUCAGAAUUCCAAUACCAGUUCCAAAUUCUGGAACAGGUCUCUCCAAAUCCGAAUGAGGUCAACUGCAGUAGUGCAUUGAGACACAACAACCUGAACAGGGGAAUACAGUACCUACCAAUUGAGAAUCACCGUGUGUUCCUGAAAGGGGAGGACCCUGGCCGUGACUACAUCAAUGCCGUCUUUGUCAAUGGCUACAAGCACCAGAAGGCAUACAUCAUUGCCCAGAAUCCACUGGACUCAACUGUGCGUAACUUCUGGAAGAUGAUCUAUGACAGGAAGUGUGCGGCUGUUGUGAUGUUGACUCCACUCAGUGAGAAUGGGAAGGAGGCAUGCUCCCAGUACUGGCCAGAGGGUGGCAAUGUCACCUCCUUCGGUGAGUUCACCAUUGAUAACUUGGGGGAGGAAGUCAACACUGGGUUCGUUAUGAGGCAACUAAGCGUACUUAACAAGAAGACAAAAAAAACUCUGCAAAUAAUUCAGAUCCAAAUUCUCGAUUGGAAGUUGACUGGUGCAUGUGCAAACUUCAAGAUUAUAACUGACGUCAAUGAGGAGGUUGUAAAGGUUCAAAGGAGGACUGGAAACAAGGCGAUUGUGGUCCACUGCAGUGACACUGCGACCCGCUCUGGUAUGUACUGCUCUGUAGCUACUACCAUUGACCGUUGCAAGACAGAGGGAGUGGUGGAUGUGUUCCAGGUGGUCAAGGCUCUCAGGGUCCACAAGCCAGGGGCAGUACCCUCAGUUGACAACUACAAGGAUGUUUUCGAGGCCUUGUUGGUCUACUUGGACUCCUUCGAUACUUACGCAAACUUUCUCUAAAACUAAAACUAGAACUGAGGUGGCAGCUUUUGUUCCACUUACAUUUUGGGAGGGGGAGAUUCUAAUAUAAUGUGCAUAUGUUAG